AUGCUAACACUUUUUUUAUUGCUGCAUUACUUAAAUGGAUAACCAUGUGCCACUCCCGUUACUUUGAUUGGCACGACUUAAACUAGCGGGGUCUGCACUCCCCCAGGUUAAUUUUUAAAUUGAUUGACUAGUACCUGGAGCAUCCCUCAUCAAAUUCCCGUUUGCUACCUUAGGUGCUACCACAGAAAAUGCUGUCAAGUUCUCUGUCUCUUUUUGGCUCAAACCUCCCAGUGCGCCUACUUUGGGUGGUAAGUCGUACGGCAUUCUUCGGGUAAGCACAGACACCACAGAUACAGUUCCCAUAACUACGGAAGGGAUUAGAUUGGCCGUGUACUUUUCGCUGGACUCCGUUAAUAGAGGGUUCUAAUUGGGAUACUCAGAAUCGCCUAGUGACCCCAUACUCUAUACUGACAUUACUCAGAUGGGUGCUGCAUAUUCAGGGGAUUGGAUGUUCAUCUAUGCAGGCUUAGACUAUACUACUGGAGAAUUAAGUAAUCUCAAAUCACAACAUAUAUAGAAUUGAGCACUUGGGAAACUAAGUAAAUAUUUUGGCAACAAAAGAAGUUCUCAGCCUCCAAAGUGAAUUUCAACACUCCCUUGUCAACAAGCACGGCUAUUGAAGCAUUGUACUGGGGCACUCAGGACAGUUUUUGUGGGGACAUUAAAAAAUUGAAAUGGAUGCCAAAUUACUAUGAAACUACAGAUGAAAAUAUAUUUAAACUGGCUUACUUCCUGGAAGGAAAAACAAAUGCUGGAAACUAUUUAUAUCGGUUUGAUAGGGUUACUAAAAACACAGUUACGAACCUUGCAAGUUCAGGAACCUUGACCUUACAAUAAGCAAUGAAAUUUACAUAUUAUGAACUGGAUUUAACUCAUCCUGUCUUAACCAUUCCUAUUGCUAAAUGGACUACUGUUACAAGUUCUUAUACGUUUGGAACCUAUAUCCUUCAAAAGAGUUUGCCUCAAUUCGCAGCUGAUAUUAUUUUGUUAUAGAGAUAAACCUCAGGAGCUGUCAACCUAUUUUCUAUCAAAUUGGCACUGCAAGCAAGUGGUAAAUUAGGAAUUGUAUUGACUUUGGAAACAGUAGCUAAACUAAUAGUCCAAUUCGAUUGUCAAGUGGAUUAGUGGUAUUUUCUUCAAUUAUCUGUUGCUUUUGCAGGAAGCCUGUAAAGUUAGGUUAAUACUCUAUCCCAUUAUCACAUUGUGGCUUAAGAUGGGUCAAUCUUGAGUGGAUACGUUUAAAUCACUUACACAGCCACAAUAAGUAGUAAAUACUCAGGCUCUGACAAAAGUUACAUCGGAGACACUCUGAACCCUUAUUAGGGCACAAUACAAUUGAGACUGUUCAGAUUUGAAGAGGGAUUCUAAAUAUUUAUGAACAACCCUUGUUAGGCAGAUUGCACAAUAGGGAGGUACAGCUUGACAUCCUCUGAAAAUUAUUGUUACAUUUGCAGUUUGGCUGCCAAGUUGGAUUCCACAUUUUUAUGCAGUACCAGUCCUUGUUCUACUGACUAUUAUAUGAUAACUGAUAUGACAAGUCACAAUUUCUGUGCAUUUUGUGAUUCAACAUAGAGUUACUACGUAAAUCCUAGUUAAGUUUGCAUAUAAGCUGCUUGUGGUAAUGGAUACAAGGAGCCUCCUAGUGAGGACUGCGAUGAUUCUGGAACUACCAGUGGAGAUGGAUGUAGUGCUCUUUGUGUGUAUGAAAAGGGGUACAAUUGUGCUCCAGCCACAGAUUACGAAUUAACAACUUGUGUUAAAUAUUGUGGGAAUGGUGUGAGAGAUGAGGUUCUGACACCAGCAGCCUUGAGUUUCACAGAGGAAUGUGAUGAUGGCAACAAUGUAUUGAAUGAUGGAUGUUCGAAUUGUGUAGUUGAUCAUGACUUAUGGGAAUGCGGCUAUUCGUUUCCAUCUUAAUGUACAUUAUUAUGUGGCAAUGGCAAACUGGAUAAUGAUGCUUUGUAUUCAUAAACUGAGUAAUGCGACGAUGGUAACACUUCUAAUGGGGAUGGAUGUGAUUCGUCUUGUGCGAUUGAGCCUGAUUGGAUGUGCAGCGCAGUUCCAUUACAGAUGAGUGCUUGCAUUCUCAUAUGUGGAAAUGGAACUUUAGAUGUUGGAGAGUAGUGUGAUGAUGGUAAUGUAAUGGAUUUUGAUGGAUGUACUGGAUGUGUAAUAGAUGCAGGAUGGGAUUGUUCAGGUACAAUAUGCACCCAAUAUUGUGGCAAUGGAGUCAGGGAUGUGAUACCAGCCAAGUCAAUAAAUGAGAUAUGCGAUGAUGGCAACACUAUUUAAUAUGAUGGGUGCUACUUAUGUUUGGUUGAGACAGGCUGGACUUGCGAUGCAAGUAAUCCAAGUCAAUGUCAUAUGUGUGGUAACAGCAAAAAAGAACCCUAUGAAACUUGUGAUGAUGGUAACAUAGUCAGUCUAGAUGGGUGUAGUAGCACAUGUUAAAUAGAACCCUCAUGGACAUGUAAUGGUGGGAAUCCAGAUAUUUGUAAUAAUUGCGGAGAUGGAAAAAAACAAUAAAUUGAAGAUUGUGAUGAUGGUAAUCUUAGUGCCAAUGAUGGGUGUACUAGUUGUAAAGUAGAUCAGUAUUAUGAAUGUUCCGGUGGUUCACCUACAUCACCUGACACCUGUGUGAAAACCUGUCCAAAUGGCAUAGUUUCAGGAAGUGAAGAAUGUGAUGAUGGGAACAAUGCAAGUGGUGAUGGGUGUUAUUUAUGUAUCAUUACUAUGGGAUUUGUAUGCGAUAAUUCAGUUCAACCGUCGGUGUGUAGUGUUGAUAUUUGUGGAAAUGGGAAGUCUCAUUCAUUAAAUGAGGAUUGUGAUGAUGGUAAUACUGUGGAUGGAGAUGGAUGCAGUGCUAGUUGUAAAAUUGAAACUGGCUGGGAUUGCUCAACCAAAAUUAAAUGCGCACCUAUAUGUGGAGAUAGUAAAAAGGUGGUUGAUGUAGAGGAGUGUGAUGAUGGCAAUCUAAUAGAUGGAGAUGGAUGUAGUAGUAAUUGUAAGGUUGAAUUGUCUUACUCUUGUGAGGGUGGUGAUUUAACAAAGAAAGAUGUUUGUACAGUUACUUGUGGAAAUAAUGUUAGAGAUGCCAAGGAGGAAUGCGAUGAUGGUAAUGUUAGAAAUGGGGAUGGAUGUAGUAGUCUCUGUUUAAUUGAGACAUCCUUUGGUUGUUCAUAGGUUUUGAUGUAAGAUAAUGUGACCAGAGAUGAAUGUUAUCCCUGCAUCACGAAUUGUGCCAUCUGUACAGACACUGACAUCGAGGGAUGCGAAUUAUGUUAUCAUGGCUAUUAUAAGUCUGAGACUACUUGUACUGAUGAUUGUGGCGAUAAUUUCUAUGCCGAUCCUUUUCUAUAGGCUUGUCUAAAAUGUGGUGACAAUUGUGUCAGAUGCUAUAACAAUUCUCAAUGUUUUAGAUGCAAUUCUCCAUAUAUUUUGGAUGGAACCCAAUGUGUGUUGAAAUGUUCAGAUGGAUAUUACAUUAAGGAACAUGAAUUAAAAGGCUAGUGGUGCAAGAAAUGUCCUCUUCAUUGUACUGUGUGUGAGACAGAAACAUAAUGUACAAGUUGUGAUGAUUAUUAUUCUCCAUUUGGUUCUUGCAAGUACUGUGAUAUGGGGGAGUUGUGUUUAGCAUGUAAUUUCGAACUAAAUACGUGUACAAAGUGCCAGUUAGGCUAUAGACCUAUAGAAGAUAAAUGUAUUAAGAUUGAGGAUAAGUGUGGAGAUGGUUUGGUAUCCCUUAAUGAAAAGUGUGAUGAUGGUAAUCUUGCUAAUGGCGAUGGUUGCAGUAGAGAAUGUGCUAUAGAAGUGGAUGCCAAUUGUAGACUUGUGCAGAAUGAAGGACCAUCAGAAUGUUUUGAUACGUUAGGAUGGGAAUUUGAAUUAAAAUCAUUUAUCUUGGAUCCGCAACUCAUACAACUUACAUUCACAGAUCAAAUCAAAUAUGAUGAUAUUAUUACUAAGAAUAUUAGCACUCUAUUCACUCUGUCCAUCAAUGGAUUCACAGAACAAGAUUACUCUUAUGAAUUCGUUAAUAGUAGUGGUUCCAACCAAACUAUCUAAAUCCAAUUUACAUUCUUGAAAAAUGUUGUAUCCCAAACUCUUACUGUCACUUUGAAAGAUCAAAAAAAACUUACCAAUUAUUACGAUGUACCCAUCAAUCCUGAUAAGAUCACCAAAAGUAUCGAUUUGGAAGAUAAGGAAUUCUACAACUCAUCAGAAAUCGAAUUCUUUACUCUUCUUAGAAAUCUAGCUUAUGGUUUACAAAUAUUGAAUUGGAUAUUAAUGAUUGGAGCUGGGUUUUUGGAUUAAUAAUAUCGAAUCUGGAAGACUGUAGAAGUACUUCAAGUCAUAUGCACCUUGUAUUACAUCAAUUUGAGAUCUUAUCCACUCAAUUCCGAACUGCUGCUUGUAGAUUUAAGAUACAGUAAUUUAUACAUACUGCCCAAUUUCCUAUAAUAAUAAACUGAUUAAUAUUUGUAGUCCUUGAGGAGAUUCUCAAUGGCUGGCUUAACCUAUUAAGUUAUCAAUAACACGGGAGGAUUAUUCUUGUUUUAUCUUGGUGUUUCUUUGGCUGUUUAUGCAUUCACCAAAUUAGUUUAUCAUAGAUAUGUCUUCUAUGUUUUCGAAGUCUUUUUGGAUAAACUAGAAUUUAGUUAUUUUUUCAAAUUUUAUGAAGUGUUCUUAUUAGAACUUUUAAUUAGUUGUUUGCAUAAUGUUAGACACAAUUCCAUGGCUUCGAAUUGGAAUGGUACAAACACAGUGAUAGCCUUAAUCUUAUUGCUAUUCAUAAUUUUGGUUUAAGCAUCCUUUUUCUUAUUGGCAUUCUUUAGGGAUUAUUUUGGCACUGAAUCAGAAGUUAAGUCUAUGUUUGGUACUUUGACUGAUGGUUGUCAUGAUCACGAUCGUAAACGUCGAGUAUUUAUGAGUCAACAAGAUUUCAUCAAGAAGGUAUUCAUUGCUUAUGCUAUGAUCUAUGUGGAUGAUCCAUUCCAAUAGAUGUUACUCAUCAUCAUCCCCAGAGCUGUCAUAGGUUUUGUAACAUGUUUCCUUAUGAAAAAUUGGUUUUUGAGAGUUAAGGAGGUACUUUCAGAACUGAUUCUUUAUGGCAUUAUCAGUCAAUCUUAUAUCCUAGCUUUGGGUGAUUUUGUAGGGGAUUUGGAGAAAAAAGUAUUCUAUGGGUCAUUGUGGGUUUACUUAGUGUUGGCAUUCGAAUUAGUUCAUGGAUUAUGCAAUACAUAUUUGGUGUGGAGAUUGUUGUAUGUGUUGGAGUCCACUUUACCUGAGGAUGUUGAUCCCAAUGCUGGAAUCAAUACAAAGAUUGACUUAUUCAAAUAGAGAGGAGGGAAAAAAGAGAGAGGCAAAACCUAGAGGGAACUUUAAGAGGAAGCUGAUAGAUUAGCAAAGUUGGAGGAAGCAAAAAGAAAGAAAAAGUUGGAAGCAGAAUAGGCAUUGAAGAAUCAGGGUAGAGAAAAAUGGAAUGUAUGGAAUAUGCAAAGGGAAGCUAAACCUGAGGAAAGAAAAUUUGUGUCUGUCAAACAUAAUGAAUUUGGUGAUGUCUUGGAGCCCAUUUAACCAUCAAUUCCAAAAUUAGAUUUAUAAAAAUAAGCAGAUAAUUUCGAUGACUUUGAUUAAAUGGAGGAUUUCUUUGGAAAUCCCUCUAAAUCUGUUGUUAAUAAGUCUUCAGCAUUUGGUUAAACUGGACAAUAAUUCAAAGUGCCAUCUCUGAAUUAGACAUAAUAAAUGAAUCAAACAUAAUAAAUGAAUCAGACGUAGUAAAAAUAAAUGAAUCAAACUAUCAAUCAAUCAAGUAAUCAGAUUUUAAAUCAAACUUAAAAAUCUUAGAAUAUUGCUUCACAAUGGUUGGGCAAUGAUAAUUAAUAACCACUAUUCCAAGACCAAUCAUUCAAACCAGCUAGUGCUGCCCAAUAAUAAUAAAAGUCAUAGAUUAGUGCCUUUUAAUUCUAAUAAGAAGCUCCGAAAAAGAAGGAUGAUGCUAAUGAUUCAGAGUAAGAAUCAAUGAAUAAUGAUAAUCCAUUUGAUUUUUGA